AAGGAGGGGGAAAACGCAUCAAACUUCUCUUUUUAAAAAAAUGAAAAAUGUCCGGCCGGCCAAUAUUGUUACUGGAGCCAGCAUAAUGAUAAAAGAAAGAGUCUUGGAGGGGGGGUGGAGAAUGUUAAAAUGAGAAGAGGAGGAGGAGGGGCAGGGUGAGAGGAAGUCGAGAUUUUGCAGGAUUUCAGUGUGUGUUGAGGAACGGGCAGAGCCUUUUGGAGGCUUCACUCCAGCUGGGUCUCCGGAACCAGCACCCAAGGGAGUUCUGACUAGCAGCUUCUACAGCCUGAGAAUACCAACUGGGUGCUGGAUCGGUGCAAGGGGUGGUGGGUGGCCUGGGACUCGGCGAGACCCACCCACUCCGUGCUCAGCCAUGUGGACGGUUGCAAAUCUCAACGUCGGGGCCUUGGGUUUCUUGGUGGUCGCGGCUUCCUGGGCAGUGGGCAGCCAGCGGAGGGCGGCUGAGGGGGGCAUCCGCAGGAGGUCUCACCGGGUUCAGAACGGGCGCUGCAGUUACACCUUCGUCUUGCCAGAAGCUGACCCCCAACCCUGCCAGCACCCCGGGGAGACCUUCAACGUCAACACGCUGCAGAGGGAUUCGCCAGCCGGCCCUUUGCUGUGGAGUGAUGACCAGUCCACUCAACGGGUCCAGCAGUUGGAGAGGGUCUUGGAAAACAACACCCAGUGGCUGCUGAAGCUGGAGAGCUACAUCCAGAUGAAUAUGAAGUCGGAAAUGGUGCAGAUCCAGCAGAACGUGGUGCAGAACCAGACGGCCACGAUGCUGGAGAUUGGGACGAACCUCUUGAACCAAACAGCGGAGCAGACCAGGAAACUGACUGACGUGGAGGCUCAGGUACUCAACCAGACCUCCCGCAUUGAGAUCCAGCUCCUGGAGAACUCUCUGUCCACCAAUAAGCUGGAGAAGCAGCUGCUGAUGCAGACGAACGAGAUCCACAAGCUGCAGAACCGAAACAGUAUUUUGGAGACCCGAGUCCUGCAGAUGGAGACGAAGCACCUGAUGGAGCUGGAAGGGAUCCGGACGGAGAAGGAGGAGCUGCAGCAGCUGGUGAUCCGCCAGAGCGACACCAUCGAGGUCUUGGAGAAGUCUCUCCAUGCCGCCAGCGGCAACACCAGUCUGCUCCAACAACAGCAGCUGCAGCUUUUGGAGUCGGUUCAGAAUUUGGUCCAGCUGGUCUCCCAAGGCAAAGUUCCUCCAAAGAAAGAAGACCGGCUGUUCCAGGACUGCGCAGAAAUCCGCCAAUCUGGAGUUAAUCUCAGUGGGGUUUACACCCUCCAUAUCAACAAUCUGACUGAACCCAAGAAGACCUAUUGCGAUAUGGAGACGGACGGAGGUGGCUGGACGGUGAUCCAGUACAGAGUCAAUGGCAGCGUCAGCUUCCAAAAGAGCUGGAAAGAAUACAAACAGGGUUUUGGGGAUCCAGCAGGAGAAUACUGGCUGGGGAAUGAGGCAGUCCACCUCCUGACCAACCAGGGAGCCUAUUCUUUGAGGGUCGAACUCCUGGACUGGGAAGGCAACCGCGCAUACGCCCACUAUGAAAAGUUCCAGCUGGGAAGCGAGCGUCAGCGAUAUAGGCUUUUCUUGAGAGGCUACAAAGGCAGUGCUGGGCAGCAGAGCGGCUUGCCUCUCCAAGGGGCGGGCUUCAGCACGCGAGACGCUGACAAUGACAACUGCCGGAACUGCAAGUGCGCCCAGAUGCUUUCUGGCGGUUGGUGGUUUGAUGCCUGCGGACUGUCGAAUCUGAACGGCAUCUACUACCCGGCAAAGCACAAUAUCCGGAAGCUGAACGGGAUCCGAUGGCACUACUUCCAGGGACCGGGCUACUCGCUCAAGGGCACGAGGAUGAUGAUCCGGCCUUCGGGCAGCCCUGAAGGAGCAUAGCGGAGAGACACCAAGCAGGGCUGCAGUUUCUGUGAGCCAGGGAGAGCAAACCUUGGCACAGGUAACAGGAACUGCCUUCUGGUUUGGACAGGUGGCAGGUGCAGAGAGACUCCCUGAAAAAGAGGCCCUCGCGAAUAGGAAUUCAUGGCUGCGGUCGGACGCAAACAGCACCAGCUUUCUCUUUCUCCUCCCAGAUGGUGCAGGAAGCUGUCUUUUGUGGGCUUUUGGACUUCCAAGAAAAUGUACGGCGAACUAUUCUGUAUGUUAAAGGCUGACUCUGCCCGUGAAAAGUGUGUCACACUAUCCGGCUCGUUUGGGGGCAGGGGGCGAGCUUGUUGGGUAAAUGCAGAAAAAUCUGGUCAGAUUUAUAUUAUGUUGUUGUUGUUUAGUCGUUUAGUCGUGUCCGACUCUUCGUGACCUCCUGGACCAGAGCACGCCAGGCACUCCACUCUUCCACUGCCUCCCGCAGUUUGGUCAAACUCAUGCUGGUAGCUUCGAAAGCACUAUCCAACCAUCUCAUCCACUGUCGUCCCCUUCUCCUUGUGCCCUCCAUCUUUCCCAACAUCAGGGUCUUUUCCAGGGAGUCUUCUCAUGAGGUGGCCAAAGUCUUGGAGCCUCAGCUUCAGGAUCUGUCCUUCCAGUGAGCACUCAGGGCUGGUUUCCUUCAGAAUGGAGAGGUUUGAUCUUCUUGCAGUCCAUGGGACUCUCAAGAGUCCCCUCCAGCACCAGAAUUCAAAAGCAUCCAUUCUUUGGCCAUCAGCCUUUAUAUUAUUUAUAUUAUGCUUCAGGCUUUAUUUGGCUAAAGACACACAUGAUCCUGCCUGUGUUGGACACUGGUUCUGCAGAGAUUGGUGGGAGUUCAGAAACAUCUGGAUUGCCAAAGGUUUUCCCCAUCCCUGAUUUAAUAUAAGACAGGGUCAUGCUCUGAAGAUGAAGCUGAGUUCCCUUCCUUUGCUUCACAUAAACACAAAUAGGCUCAGAGACCCCACAAUUUGGAGCCUCGGUGCCAUGAAUGGACUAAGCUGCCCUCUGCUGGCACAGUCUGGGUUGCAACAUCCUUGCAAGAGACUGUGAAGCGUUUCUGCUGUGGUUUAUGGGGGGGGGGUCAAACUGGCCAUUUUCAACCCCUUGCUUCAGCGAUGGCUGGAUAAGCUGGUCUUUUCUCCACGUUGAACUGGUCAGCAAGGCUAGCCCAAGAUGGGAAAAUCAAAAGGACCCUCUCUCCUUAUUAGGCACCAGGGGGAAUCAAGUCUCCAACGAACCCUCCUGGCAAAAGGCUCAAUAAAAUCUCACCUCGCCUUAGCAGUUCUGUUUCAAAACAUUUUG